AGAACGCCCUCUCGCGCAUGUCGAGUGCAAUUUUGUUGAAAGAAGCCUGUGAAAGAAUCCUCUGGAAAGUAGGCAUCGAAUCUCCGGUUAUCAAAAUCUUAACGUGAGAAAUUGUUCAUUUAUCGAAGCAAAAACAAACCCAAGACAAGAUGUGUGAUCGCAAAGCAGUCAUAAAGAAUGCUGACAUGAGCGAAGAGAUGCAGCAAGAUGCUGUUGACUGUGCAACUCAAGCGCUCGAGAAAUUUAACAUUGAAAAGGACAUAGCUGCAUUCAUCAAGAAAGAAUUUGACAAGAAAUACAAUCCUACCUGGCAUUGCAUCGUGGGUCGUAAUUUUGGCUCGUAUGUGACACACGAGACUCGCCACUUCAUCUACUUCUACCUGGGACAGGUGGCUAUACUGCUCUUUAAGAGCGGUUAGACCAUUUAGCAUCACUUCUAUUUUUUUGUUAGCAGCGGACGCAGUAUUAUCAGAUGGAUAGCCUUUGCAGAUUCUCAUGCGAGGCUCGGGCUGUGGUACAUUCCCAUAGGUAGCUAGCAGCCAGAGUGUGGCAGGAGGAGGCAAGGCUAGUGCUGGUGUGAACGGUUCUCGAGUGAGUGCGAGAGUGGGUGCACAGUUUUCACUUACACUGUUUAUUUAAUCAGAAAUUCACAAUGCUGGACAUUAACUGCGUCUUACCUCUUCACUUAGUCCCAGGCGCAUGCGGUGUAUGUUUGUACUGUGUUAGCUAUAACUUAAGGAACUUUUGACUUGUAAACAUUCACUUCACCUAGUGUAUUUAUAUUAAAGGAAAUUUUAGUUAAUUAUUACCCUAGACUUAUUACCCUAGUAUAGUGUAAAAGUCAUAAUUAUGUUAGUACCUAACAAAAUUUAUUGUUUUAAUUUGUUUGUUAUUACAUUCACUGGAGAUAUUUUUCAAAUACUUCUAUGAUUAAUUAAACUUUCUAUAAACAA